AUGGCUGCGCGCUCGGAGCCUCCUGGCAUGGAGCUCUGUGAGGAUUACAAAUCCCCCUUCGAUUUCAACACUGGAGUGAACAGGAACUACCUUUACCUGUCGCCUAGCAUAAACCUUUCUCCACCCGGAUCACCUACACUGGCAAAGUCUGGGCUGCUGAGAAGUGACUCUAUACCUGAGGUUGGAGAGGAUGCUGCUGCUACAGUUGGUAUGGAAGAAACACUCUCAGAAGAAGAACAGGAUGAGCUAAGGAAAGAGCUUGCUAAGGUGGAAGAGGAAAUCCAGACGCUCUCACAAGUGCUAGCUGCCAAAGAGAAGCAUCUAGCAGAGAUCAAGAGGAAGCUGGGAAUUAACUCGCUGCAGGAACUAAGGCAGAACAUUACCAAAAGCUGGCAAGAUGUUACAUCAACCACAGCGUACAAGAAAACAUCAGAAACCCUAUCUCAGGCUAGUCAGAAAGCUUCUGCUGCUUUUUCAUCUGUUGGUUCAGUCAUAACCAAGAAGUUUGAAGAUGUCAGAAAUUCUCCGACUUUCAAAUCCUUUGAGGAAAAAGUUGAAAACUUAAAGUCUAAAGUUGGAGGAAGCAAACCUGCCGGUGGAGACUUUGGAGAAGUUCUCAACUCUGCUGCCAAUGCCAGUGCCACAGAAACUAUUGCAGAAGAGAUGCAGGAGGAGACCCACUGAGAUUCCUGCCUCUGUCCUGCUACCCACUGCCAGAUGCUGCAAGCAAAAAUUAAGCACACUUGUAACAUUCUUUGCGCUCUUUCCACCAGAUGUGCUUUUAUUUAGCACAUAGCUAUUUUACCAGGUUAACUGAUACCAAGCUUGUUUGCAAGUUUAAAAUAUUUUUGAAACUAAAAUACAUUGUUUGGGGUUUUUGUGUGGGAAGGGGAAUUUUUAUGCCUUUCACGCAUUUAAAGGACUUAUCUAUAAUUUGAAGGCAAACUUUAAAAUAUAGCAAUGAGAAAAAAAUCUUUUGAGAAGUUAAUUAUACUGUACAUAUACUGUGGAUACAUAAUUUCUUUUAAAUCUUUAACU